AUGCGUGAAGAUCGAUCAAAAGCAAUGGCCAUAUUUGGCAAGCACGACUAUCUGUUGCGCUUUUGGAACGACCUUACUCCGGAGGAGCGACAGCAAUUAGUGGAUCAAUUUACUAUGUAUAAUAUGCACGAAAUAGACAAAGCAUUCAAGGAAUCUGGAAUUCCAAUGAAGUUGGAAGGCUUGGCACCAAUAUCCGGAGAUCGCUAUUCUGUUGCAAAUGAUAUUGAUGAAAAUAUUAUGAAGGAAUACUGGCAUAUAGGUUUGGAAGCAAUAGCAAAAGGAGAAGUUGCUGCUGUGGUUUUGGCAGGCGGUCAAGCAACACGGCUCGGAUCAGCGGUACCCAAGGGUACCCUUUCCUUGGGAUUCACUGAGUGUGACAUAACUGAUUCAUUAUUUGCCAUUCAAGCGGCUCGUAUUUCACGUCUACAAGAUCUUGCUCGAAUGGCAUUCCCGAAUUCAAAGCCUAAGAUCUGGUGGAUUGUAUUGACGAGUUCAGCUACCGCAGAGGCAACACUGAAGCAUCUUCGUGAUGUGCUUCCUGUAGCUAUGAUUGAUCCAGGACAACUUAUAGUGCUUGCACAGCGAUCAAUUCCAUGCUUCGACAUUAAUGGUGGCUUAUUCUUGUCUUCGAAGAGCAGUUUCGAGGUUUCUCCAAAUGGAAAUGGUGGCCUUUAUGAAUGUUUGGAAGCGCACUGUACUUCUUCUUUAAAUAAUCAGAUCAAGUAUUUUCAUGUUUUUAGUGUUGACAAUGUUUUGUGUCGUGUGGCUGAUCCUCAUUUUAUCGGAUAUUGUAUCAAGAACGAUGUAGAUUGUGCCGCAAAAGUUGUAGAAAAAAUUGAUCCCUUUGAACGAGUUGGUGUGAUAUGUCAAACAUUGGAUGGUGUUCAAGUUGUUGAAUAUUCGGAUUUAUCCACAGAACUAUCUUUGGCUCGAGAUGAUUCUGGACGCCUCAAAUUUCGCGCAGGAAAUAUUGCAAGUCAUUUCUUCACUUGCGACUUUGUUCACGCAGCAGCCACUUAUAAAUUGCCUCUUCACCGUGCCUUCAAAAAAAUUCCAUUUAUUGAUCGAAUGACUGGAAUGUUAGUAAAACCAGAAACAGAAAAUGGCUACAAGCUUGAAUUUUUUAUUUUCGAUGCUUUCAAAUGUGCUAAAAAUUUCCACGUGUGGGAAGUUAAACGUUCAGAAGAGUUCAGUCCUUUGAAAAAUGCAGAAAGCGUAGGAAAGGACUGUAUGAGCACAUGUCGCCGUGAUUAUUAUGCUGAAUGUAAGCGUUGGCUUAUAAAAGCCAAUGUACCAAUUCAUGUCGAUCGUCCCAUUUUCAUUCAUCCUUUCUACUCUUAUUCUGGUGAGGGGUUGGAAGAAUAUCAUGAAAGAGGCCUAGCUGGUGAUCUGCUUCCAUAG